UGUUGUUAGUCCAAUCACUGGUCCAGUAAAUCGGGCAAAGUAGCAACGUAUCUCUUUGCAAAACUGCCGGGCGGGAUUUCCGCAAUUGCUAAUAAUAUGGCGAAGACUUACGAUUACUUGUUUAAACUACUGUUAAUCGGCGAUUCUGGCGUCGGAAAGACAUGUGUGUUGUUCAGGUUUUCAGAAGAUGCCUUCAACUCAACAUUUAUCUCCACAAUUGGUAUUGACUUUAAAAUUAGAACUGUAGAACUAGACGGUAAGAAGAUCAAGCUACAGAUAUGGGACACAGCUGGCCAGGAGCGGUUUCGAACAAUCACAACAGCAUACUACAGAGGAGCCAUGGGCAUCAUGUUGGUCUACGACAUCACCAAUGAGAAGUCAUUUGACAACAUCAAGAACUGGAUAAGGAAUAUAGAGGAGCAUGCCUCUGCUGACGUGGAGAAGAUGGUUCUGGGCAACAAGUGUGACGUCAAUGACAAACGACAGGUGUCCAAAGAUGGAGGGGAGAAGUUGGCGUUGGAGUAUGGUAUCAAGUUUAUGGAGACCAGUGCAAAGGCCAAUAUCAACGUGGAGAAUGCAUUUAUGACCCUUGCAAGAGACAUCAAGGCGAAAAUGGACAAGAAACUAGAGGGCAACAAUCCUCAGGGCAGCAGUCAUGGUGUGAAGAUCACAGAACAGCCCAAGAAGAGCAGUUUCUUCCGCUGCACCCUCCUGUGAGGACCACGAUCUUAUCAUUGUCCACAGCUGGACAGAACUGGACUGGGCUUGCUCAGAGCUCUCCUCUCCUCUUUCGCCAUGUUCUCAUCCCUCUCUCAUUCCCGAUAUCCCAGACCUCUUUGGGCUUUGAGCUUUUUUCUGCUUCUUCAUGUGCCCCCAGUUUACAAACGGUAGCGUUUAUUGGCAGGUGGAUCAAUCAGUAGAUCAAUCAGGGUUGUUGGAUGGGUGUUAGAUGGAGGUCUCUAUACCAGGCACUCUUCUGUACCAUCAUGCUCUUAUAUCGUCUCUCGUAAUUACACGUAGGUUUCUGCUCACCCUCUCCUUUCUCUCUGUCUUCUGCAACGGUUAUUGUCACAGAUACUGUAUGUUGCUCUGUGGUUGCACUGCUGCCAAAGUUGAACCUUAGUGAGGUUUUGUCUCAACAUGGAUUGACCUUAUUCUUAAAAGCAGUGGCUUAAUUCCAUGAUAAGACUAAUUAACCAUCAUACAUCUGACGUCUUCUGUGAGAUUGUUGACUUCCGUGUCAUCUAGCUACUAUGGAGAUUUAUUCCAAAUGUGUCAUCUAUGCGUCCCUGUUUUUCCUUUCUCAAAUGAUAGUGAUUCUCUCUUAUUCUACCUUGAAAAUCCCCAUUUGCCAUCCAACAAAUAACAUACAAGAAAGCCACUUAUUUUCUUAUGAUAAUACUUUAGGUAAGAUAAUACAAUUCUGAAGUGUUAGUCUUACAAUGUUAAUAGUAAAGACAUACCAUUUUAACGACAUAGCUGAAAAUUAGCUUCUGUGUUCAGUAUUUUACGUGUACUCUACCAUUAUGCAGUUCAGAUUAUUUUCAUGCGCAAGGUUUGCAAUGAUUAUAAACCAUAUAUUUGAGUGUUAGAACAAUUCUAUGCGCUGGUAACUGCACAUUGAGUUAAACCCUGUUUUACUGUGUACUCUUGCACUUUAGUAGUGAAAUUGGCUUCACAGCUUACAAUUUGCAAAAGCAUGUCUUAUUCCGGUCCCUUGUAUGGAAGUAUAGGAAUAUGUCAGUAUUCAUUAGAACUAUUACAUUCCAGAACUUGUGCCAGAGGCUAUAAGUUAUAAUCAUCUGUUCCACAAUAACAUCAGUCUAGUUAGGAAAUUAAUUGUAAUCUAACAAUUGAAUGCAUACAUUUACCACAUUUUUAGUUUUGGCAUUCAAAAUGUGUUUUAAUAUUAUACCACUCCACAAAACAUUGUGAGUACCUCAUUGCCCCAAAUAUUCAUUUUAUGUAUGAUGCAGAGACCACUGAAAUAGACAUAUAGUCCUUUGGGUGGUAAUUGCUUUAUGUCAUUUUUAACGUGCUAUGUCUUAUGCACCCUUUUCAAAUUCCAGCCUUUCAGCCUAUUCCUUACUUGUUUACUGGUUGUUAUAAUUGUGAUACUGUAAUACAGUGACAAUUGCGCCAAAGUAGGCUGCCUUUUAUAGUUGUUUUGUAAGCCUAUAUUCCCAUUCCUAGUCAAAUGUGGUGAUUUUAUAAGAGCUCAAUUGAAUGUCAACCUACUGUAUUGAGAAUAUUUGAAACAGAAAUGCCAUGAAUAUUAAUUUCCAGGUUUAUUACUAUGUUCUCCUUUUUUCUGUUGAUUUAUCAAUAUGCUGUGACAUUCUAGUUCGCUAGAGAACCACUCCUGCUGCUUCUUUAGGGAAAAGGCUACACGGACACUCCUGACCUGCUAACCAAUAUUUAAUUUAAGAAUUGGUUAAAAUUAGGUUAGGGUCAGGGUUAAUCUAUCUAUCUAUCAAUCAAAUGUAUUUAUUUAUAAAGCCCUUUUUACAUCAGCAGAUGUCACAAAGUGCUUAUACAGAAACCCAGCCUAAAACUCCAAACUGCAAGCAAUACAGAUUUAGAAGCACGUGGCUAGGAAAAACUCCCUAGAAGUAUCAGGAACCUAGGAAGAAACCUAAAAAGGAACCAGGCUCUGAGGGGUGGCCAGUCCUCUUCUGGCUGUGCCGGGUGAAGAUAAGAGUGCAUGGCCGUUAAGGGUUUGGUUAAGGUAAAGGUCAGUUUUAGAUUUUGGUUAGUCGUUUUGAAGGUCAGCAGUGUCCUUAUAGUCCCUCCCCUUUAGUCAAGAGGAGUAGCUAUGUGUUAUCCUGAUUUAACUCCAAGGCUCAAAUGUUGCGUUGAUCCCAAGUACUAAUGUGCCAGUAUUAAGACCACAAUCUAUUUAGGUGUGUUUUCAGUUGAAGGUAUUGGCAUUGCAUACUGUAUUCGAAGCAAGAUAACGGCAUACCACUGUAGUGACAUGACGAUGGACUAAAAUGUUACAAGCAAGAGGACAUGUAGUCAGUAGAGUGAAACAACAAAACAUCCAAGUAUGAAAGUGCCCUUGUAGAAAGCCUGCUCUUGAUUAUGCACUUUUCAAUAAUUCUCCAUUGUCAUGAAAGACCAAAUGAUGAAGAGUUGCAAUAUUCUACAGUACAGUCCCUAUCCUCAAGACUUAAUUUUAGUCUAAGCGAUUUAAGUCAGCUUCAGGGUGUUAAAUGGAUGCCUGAAGGCUGGAGGAAAGUGACCUUUCAUAUUGGAUUUAGCAUUUUGUUUUUGUUCUUAUCUGUCCUUCUCUCUGAGCUUGCCACUGUACAUGGCAACAGAAGUGGCUUAUUUUCACCUGAUGCUUGAUAUCAUGGGCUUUGGAACAAUGCAUCAUGAGAUUGUAGGACCUCUUGAAGCUUUUCACAUUUGAUUUGAAGAACAGCUUCUCUUUGAGAUUAGAAAUGCGCAAAGGAUCAUUCUUGUAUAGCUUUCUGUUCUUAUACUUAUUUUUGUCACCUUGAACUUGCAUUUCUCAACGCAAACAUCUAGGUAAUUGAGCACAUGUUAAAUCAUAGCAAAGGAACAACAAUGACUUCCCCAUGAAUUAUCACAAAUGGUUUCUCUAGUUGUGACAUUCAAGUAAAUUGUCGUUGGAAAUUGAAUUAUUUUCUGUGUCCUCUCUUGUGUAAAACACCACAUGGGUGGGACACAGUCAGUUUGUUGGACUGUUGUAUGUCUUAAGGACCUUACAAAGGUCUGGCAAAUGUUUCAUCAGAAUACCAGUUAUUAUGAAGGUUUAUUUUCCUUCUGGUGGAACUAUUUGUACAUCUUUUUCAGUUUAUAAAUUACUUUUCUUUGAACAUAUCAUUAGCAUUCAAUGUUCAAGACAAUAAUUUGGAUUUCAUAGUUGAUUAUGGGUUAAAUGGAGGAGAAAAUCAAUUUACAAUUGUAAAUAAGAAAAAUAUCUACAAUGAUUUUACUGUAGCCUACUUUCAUAAAUCUUGUUGAAUUGAUCUACACGUUUGUAGAUAUGUGUACUUUUGAUGAUUUAUUAAAAUGAGAUUCUUUUAAAA